AUGAUAAAGAGAGAUUCCCAAUGUAAUUUGCUUUUCAAAAUUGUUCUGAUAGGAGAUUCAGGUGUUGGAAAAACGAAUUUGCGUUCGCGUUUUACCAACGACCAAUUCAAUCUAGACAGUAAAAGUACAAUUGGUGUUGACUUCGCUACAAAGAAUGUCACAAUAGAUGGAAAAGUCGUGAAGGCCCAGAUAUGGGACACAGCCGGCCAGGAAAGAUAUCGCGCCAUAACAUCUGCUUAUUAUCGUGGAGCUGUUGGUGCAUUAUUAGUUUAUGAUAUAUCAAAACGGAAUACUUUUACAAAUUUAAAUCGUUGGUUAAAUGAAUUGAAAGAAUAUGCUUCAAAUGAUGUUGUCAUUAUGUUAGUUGGUAAUAAAUGUGAUCUAAAACAUUUACGUUGUACAAUAACAGAGGAUGGAAAACGAUUUGCUGAAGAACAUGGUAUGUCAUUUAUGGAGACUUCAGCAUUGGAUGCAUUCAAUGUUGAUGAAGCAUUUUAUCAAACACUUAAAACUAUUUACAAUGUGGUCAGUAGUUAUCCAUCAUUUGAUGAAGAAGAGUCGAAAAUUGUACCAACUAAUAAUCUACCUGUGGAGAAACCUAAUUUAAAAGAACCUCAAAGGCAAAAAUUCUGUUGUAUAUAG